AUGAUGGGUAAAGCUGCCACUGCUGUCCUGACUCUUCUCCUGAUCUCUACGCUUGGAGCUGAAGGUAAUGCCCUGCCACGGUCAGCGAUUGAGCUCCGGUGCCAGUGCCUGGGCACCCAUUCCAAGUUCAUCCACCCCAAGUUCAUCCAGAAUGUCAACCUCAUCCCCAGUGGACCCCACUGCAAGAACGUUGAAGUCAUAGCUACCCUGACAGACGGCAGAGAAGUGUGCCUGGAGCCCACAGCUCCCUGGGUGAAGCUGAUCAUCAAGGCCAUUCUGGACAAGUGA